AUGAACACUGCCAGGUGCUUGAGGCCAAUUGCCUCGCGAUUCCAGCCCACCACUCUUCCCCGUGUGGUGCGCCGCUUUUCUUCCAACACCGCCUACGAGUAUAUCCAGGUUUCUAAGCCGAAGCCCGGUGUCAGCCAAGUCACUCUUAACCGCCCCAAGGCCCUCAAUGCCCUAUGCACGCCGCUCAUCAAGGAGCUGAACCAAGCCCUUACUGAACUCAAUGCGUCGGAUGACACCUCCGUCAUCAUUCUUACUGGCUCCGAGCGCGCCUUCGCCGCUGGCGCUGAUAUCAAGGAGAUGGCCCCCCUCACCUUCUCCAAGGCCUAUACCGAGUCCUUCAUCGAGUCGUGGUCUCUCCUCACCACCCAGGUCAAGAAGCCCAUCAUCGCCGCUGUCUCGGGCCACGCCCUCGGUGGCGGAUGCGAGCUCGCUAUGAUGUCUGACCUCAUCUACUGUACCGAGAAGGCUAACUUUGGUCAGCCCGAGGUCAAGCUCGGCACCAUCCCCGGUGCCGGCGGCAGCCAGCGUCUGACUAGGGCCGUUGGCAAGUCCAAGGCCAUGGAGAUCAUCCUUACUGGGAAGUCCUUCUCUGGUGUCGAGGCUGCCCAGUGGGGUGUUGCGGCGAGGGCGUUCCCCACGUACGAGGCGCUCAUGGAGGAGACUCUCAAGACGGCUGAGACCAUUGCCGGAUACUCUCGAGUUGCCGUCCAGGCGUGCAAGGAGGUCGUCAACAAGAGCCAGGACCUACCUCUCAGGGAUGGUGUCGAGUACGAGAGGAGGGUGUUCCACUCUCUGUUCGGAAGUGAGGAUCAGAAGGUCGGCAUGAAGGCUUUUGCGGAUAAGAAGAAGCCCGAGUGGACUCAUUCGUAA